GGGAAAUGUUCGAAAGAGUGCGUCGUCUGUAAGUGUACAGUGUAACACAUUCAGCAUCAUAUUCCGUUCACGGAAAUCUGGAAGAUAAAAGCUGCCCUGAAUAUUUUAAGCCAAUCUGAAUCACAUUGCAAGCUCUGAUUAUACCUACUAAUUACCUGAAAUCAAGUUACAUGAACAUGAAAAAACAGUUUGUUUAACAGCAUCACUGUUCUCAUAAAAUCAGCCUUUGGAUAAAACUUACAAGUAAGGAACACAACCUUAACAAAGAAAUAAAAUAGAAUGAGCGGCAAUUCCUUAAAGUAACCACCAGCACUUGUCUCCAUUACAAAGAAAAAAGUACUAGCAUGUGGCAAAGGCAGGAUCAUUUAAUAUGGCCUAACCUGGAAGUGAAAGUCAAUUUUAUUCAUAAAACAACUAUUAAUGAAUCUGGAAAUUUGCUCUCAACAAAAUCAGUUCAGGUUGGUUCUGAAAGCAAUUAUCAGUCUUUUAAUGAACAAUCGAAGGAUAUUUCAAACCUUCAAAGAGGAAAUUCAUUAAACAAUCGAGAAAGCAAUGGAAAUACAGAAAGUGAUAUUAAGUCAUUUGAAAAAUUGAACCGCUGCUAUUUGGCAAAAAGUUCUAUGUCACAAAAAUGUUCCGGAUUCAAACGAAAAUCAAAUAAAUUAGAAAGUUCAUCUUUUAAAAGGAUACUCAAAGUAAGCAAUAACACUUUAAUAGUGAAAGCUACAAACGCCCUGAGAAGAGGUUGUGAUAAUAUCAAUGAAAUCAAAACUGAAAGGAGUGAUGGUGUAAAACACAUUAAAGAGAAAAUAACAAAAAUACCAUUCCAUGACAAAAAGAGACAUGAUUCGUCAAUGUCAAGGCUUAAAUAUACUGAACCAGUUCCACUAGUACAAACUGCCAAAACAGCAUCAAAUAACAAUGGAAUUGUUGACAACUCAGAAACUAGUAUUGCAAUUUACCCUGAACAAAGUUUGCAAACGUUAAAGCUUUCUACAGAUUUUGGCCAACAUCAAAAUUCAGAUGUAAUACUGUCCAAAGAAUCAAACAAGGCUGAAAAACUUGCUUCAACAAACACACUACAAAAUACAUGUUUAUCUACACAAAUAAUUGGCAAAGAGGUUGCAUCUGUUGAUUGGAUAGUAGCGGCAGGUAAAAUUGGUUUACACUUGACUGAUUGUAAUGACAAUUUUCAAAGAACGCAAAUGCGGUUCUUACCUACGCCUGCUUCAAUGAUAGAUGAUAAUAAAACUGUAACAAGCAUGCCCAACUCACAGACUGGAGAUAUGGAAGUGAAAGAGUGUCAAAAUAUGUCAUGUAAUAGUACAAGAAUGGAUAUUGGUGAAAAACCUAUAGAAAGUGAAAAAGCAGUGCUUACCAUGAAAAUAGAGAAAGACAAAUGUUGUCAGAAUGAACUGACCUCACAAGAAAAGCAACUUAAAGAAGUGAAUGUUUACAGUGAUACAUUGAACAAACAUGAGGUGGCUUGUGCUACUGAGCAAAACACAGACAUUUACAUGUCAAAAAGCGUGGCUCAAUCAGAUGUAAUUAAUGAUCUAAUUCAGAAUGCUUCAAAAUCACUGAUCUCUGAUUUUGACAUAAGUCCAAGUUUACCAUUAGAUGAUCACUUGUUUAGUACUUGCCUAAAGGAUGUUUUUGAAACCGGUCAGCAGGAUGUAAAUGACCUCUUGCAUUUUGAAACAGUAUUCAGUCCAAAACUCUUUGAUUUCAUCCAAAAUAAAACAGUUGCGGAAAAGGAAAAUGUCUCAAGAUAUUAUACCUUAAGUCCUUUGGAUUUACAAGAACCUGACAUAAAUAUUUCUCCUUUGUUGACAUAUGGAGAAGAAUUGUAUUUGAAGAACAGUAUUAAAGAUGUUGAGAUUAAAACUGAUUUGUGGAAAAAUAACUUGCAAAAUUUAGGUGAAAGUAACAUGAAAUUACCUCUUGAUACCGGUCUUCUGUCAAGCUUAGAAGAGAUUUAUACACCUGAAAUCAUCACUUAUUGCCAAGAAAAAAGGAAAGAAAGCAUUGGAAAACCCAGAACUUACCAGUAUGGAAAACAUUUUCAGAGGAUUAAAGCAAUGUCUAAAUCAUUGGUACCUUUUGAGAAUGUUGAAAAACUUAUACAAUCUGAAGAAAAACAGUCCUGUGAGAAUAUUGAAAAAUCAAACUUGUUGAAAAAGAAGCAUGAAAAUAUGCAUUCUUGUGUUUCCAUAAAAUCUGUAAACAAAAUUGUACAAGAGUGUUCUGUAAAGAUGUUGGGAAUUGAAAGAAAAACUAAACUUAAAAGCAAAAGACUAAAAAGCACAACAAAAUAUGAUAAAGGCAAUAACAGAAACAUUCAUAAAAUUGGUGAAGAAUGUUUGAAAAGCUUGAUGAUAACCAAAAUAAGAAACAAAAAAUCCCAGCCCUUACAAAAAACUAAAGCCAAAUCUGAUACUAGUAAUAGGAAAGAUAAAGUUACUUCAUCAAAUAUAAAAGAGGGGUCUUUUUCCAAUUUUGGUGACCAUGAGAAAAGUUUAGAUCUUUUGGAUACUGGCUGUGUGAUAAACGAUGGAAAGUUCCAAAUAAAUAAUGCGGCUGAUGUGCAUUUAGAAACACAAACCAUUAAAAUCUUGGAUCAAGAUAGUGCUCAACUGACAAGUUUAAUGCUAACAAAGAAACCUCAAAGAAAUCAGGACACCAAAUCAUGUUCAGGAAGAAUAAAUAAAACUAAAGCGAACAUGUUAAAAUUUAACAGAAUUGUGGAAGUGUUCUGUUCGCAGAGUAAAUUGAUGCUAAAAAAGUCAAAUUUAGGUCAGAAAUCAAUACAGUCAAGGCAUGAUGAUCUACAUGAAUGUGGUAUUAGCAAAGAUUGUGAAAGAGAGAUUCAGAUAUGCAAAAAGCCUCAAAAUAAGAAGGAAGGCCAGAUCAAAGUAUCCAGAGAAAAACUGUUAACACCUAUCACAGUUAAACCAAAAAAACCUAAGGUUGCAGAAUUAACACUUUUUGAACCCAAUAUUCGGAACAUUUGCAAUGAAAUGAAAUGUUUGAGGCUUUCAGACAAUAAUUUGAAUGUAAACAUGAACAGCAAUGAAGUCAAUGCACAAAACUCAUGUUCCAAAUCAGGGAAUCAAGAGGGAUCUUUAAUUAACAAAAAGAAAAAGAUCUUCACUUGUGGAGGAGAAAUUGUGAAGGACAUUGAAGUAUCGGACACAUCUGUUGUUGGAAGGAGAACAUUGAAAGUACACCUUAUAGACAUAUUGACCAGACCCCAGUUUGUGUUGUCUUGCUCGAACAAUUCUAAAAAACAAGAAAAUCCAUCUCGGUCAUCUAAAUUGAAAGAUAAAACAACAAAGUUUAAAUCUGAGGAAGGGAAGAGAAGAGAAAAGUUACUCGCAGUGAAAGCAUCAUAUAACUCAUCAAAUACAAGAUUUCAAAAAAGCAAGACAAGAGAGAAAUGAAUUUAUCAGCAAAAGUUGACAAUAUAAUGAUAAAGAAAUUAAAUAGCUCUUGCACAAAGGCAUCUUUGAACGACACAAAUGCAGUAAACAAUGACGCUCAUCUAAGCAACCCAAAAUUCCACAAAUGUAACUUUUGUCCUCUUCAACUUGAUCACAAGCCAAACAUGAAGCAACAUAUUGCCAAGCACCAUCCUAAUGUCUGUGCACUCUGUAGCAAGGUGUUUCCCAACAAGGAAGCCCGUGUUGAUCACUUCUGGAAUGUCCACUGUCCUGGCCACAUAAGCUGCAGUGUCUGUAACACCCACUUUACCUCGCAACGUGUUUAUUCUUUGCACAUUAUGGGCAAGAAACAUAAAAAAGCAUGUACAAUCUAGAUCGCAGCAACAGUCUGACACAGGUUGAUUACUUGUAAAGUUACCACGACUUUCCUCAUGCCCUAGAUGUUCAUCUAGUCUAGAAACCAAUUAAGUGACUUUUGAUGACCGAAUUGUGUGGUUGCCCAACAAUCUUGUCUGGUCAAUUGCAAUUAUGCAGAAACUUGUGACAGUUUCAACUCGUCAAUAUCAUGUAUAAUGAUUGCCUCACUGAAGUUAAGUUAUAUUUUGACUGUUUUGUUCUCCCAUAUUUUAAUACCAUGGAGUCUUUUGUUUACACUUAAAGGGGCCUUUUCACAGAUUUUGGCAUUUUUUUAACUUAUUCAUUAAAUGCUUUAUAUUGAUAAAUGUAAACAUUGGAUCGUAAAAGCUCCAGUAAAAAAUCAAGAAAAAAAUUAAAAAAAGGAAAAGAACAUUGCCCGGAGCAGGUUUCGAACCAGUGACCCCUGGAGUCCUGCCAGAGUCCUGAAGUAAAAACGCUUUAGCCUACUGAGCUAUUCCGCCUAGUACACAUUCUUGACGUAUUUUAUACCUUAUAUAAGUAAUCUUCGUAGUUUCACAAAAUUUAACGACAAAAACAGAACUCUCCAAAUUAUUCAAUCGUUUCGCGUUGCAACGCUUUAUAAUUUUUAGGUUUUAAAAUCGUCAAAAGAUGCAUAUAAUGGCUAUAUUAGAGCAUGGUUAAUGUUCAGUAUUACUGUUUCCUCACAAAUAUCAUAACUAAAACGAAAACUUACGAAUCUGAAACAACUUUUUUCAAUUUUGUCAAUUUACCAAAGCGUGA